AUGCAUCAACAUACAACUCCCCUCUAUAAUUAUGUCCAGGUGCCAGCGUGGAAGAGACUGGGCCUCAAGCUCAAGCAGCCAUCUGCUGCAUCCGAGCCCGCAAGCACCCAAAGCUUUGGGCACCCAAGCACAAGCACCACCCAUUCGGCCACAAAGAGAAAACUCGACGCCCCGCAGCCUUCCAAUUCCUCCCAGAGGCAGAAGUCGGUUACCUUUGCCGACACACCCUCCAGGAGCACAAACGCUGGCGUCACCUCCAAGUUUAAUACCCCGACAAAGACCCCCAAGCAGAGCAAGGCCAAGAGCAAAGGCCCCGCCAAGAAGGAAAAGCCCCAGGCUCCCACGGACCUCAAGCCUGCUCUGGAGCACCUGAGACUCUGGAAGACGGCUCGUGAUAGCUGGAAGUUCAACAAGAUCCACCAGAACAACCUCGUCAAGCACGUUUUCGAUGCCGAUAAAUUCCCCGCCGCCGACAUCGACGCCUUCUACGACUACAUCCAAGACUUGAAGGGCUUCGGAAGGAUGCGCCUGCGAGAUACUGCUCGGGAGAUUAGGGACCAGGACCAGUCUGAGGGGGCAAAGGCCUUCCCCGAGGGAACCAAGGAUCUCGAGGCCACCCAGCAACGGUAUGAGACGGUACUUGCCAAGUAUCUGGAGAACCAACCCGUAGGGACCAAGAGGAAGGGCUUCACAGAGGUUGACUACCUCUCUGAUUCAGACGAUGACGCCAUUAUCAUCCAGCGCCUCGUCAAGCGCAUGAGAGCUGAGCUGAUCAUUGAGGAGCUGUCCGACAGCGAUGACACUGAGACCAGCACAACCUCCUCUCAGACUAUCACCGCUAGCGACAACAACGCCACGACGACUACAGAUGCUGAUAAGCGUGUCAAGCUCAAUGACGGCUCUGGAAAGCGGAAGCGGAAGUUGCGUGUCAACUUGGACGACAGCGACACUAGCAGCUCUGAGUCGGAAUCUGACUCUGAUUCAGAAAGCGACUCUGAUACGAGCAGUAGCGGAAGCUCGUCGUCCGAGUCUGAAUCGGAGAAUGAAGGUCCUGCUCGGCCUUACCGACGUCCAGGUGAAGAAGACUCGAGCGACUCUUCAUCGUCUUCAGACGACACCAGUUCGGAGGAGGACUCGAGCGAGGACGAGUCAGAUGACGAGUGA